AUGGAGGACUUCGAUGAAGACAACAAUGAAGUUGACAUUGAGUUCGGUGACAUAGAUGAUUUUGAUGAUGAUGGGGAUGGUGAUAAGUAUGAUGAGAAGUGCAUGAAACAUUUAUCAGAGCUUUCCUUGGAGGGCACUGGAAUAAAAGGAUUGCCCUUGUCAAUUGAAUAUCUGGCUAGACUUGUUCUAUUAAAUCUGAGGAACUAUUGCUUAAAACUCAAAGAGCUUCCAGAGGUCCUGGAAAAUAUGUGGAGUUUGUUGGAACUUUUCUUAGAUGGAACUGCUAUAAAAGAACUACCUUCAUCAAUCCAACAUCUAAGUGGACUUGUUCUGUUGAAUCUGAGAGAAUGCAAAAGCCUUGCAAUUCUUCCACAUAGCAUUUGUACAUUGAAAUCCCUUCAAACUCUUAUUCUAUCUGGUUUCUCAAAACUAGACAAUUUGCCAGAGGGUUUGGGGAGCCUACAAGCUUUAGAGAAGCUUGAAGCAGCAGGAACUGCUAUAAAAGAGCUGCCACCCUCUAUUUCUCUUUUGGAAAACCUUGAAGUAUUAUCAUUUAAGGGAUGUAAAGGACUAGAAUUCAAGCCAAGGAAUUCACUCCUCUCUUUCCAGUUGUUGCCCGCAGAAAUUCCACACUCUGGGGAUCUGAGCAGAAACAAUUUUGUUUCUCUUACCUGCAAGCCUCAUCAACUUUCACAGCUCAAAGGCCUUAGGUUGGGUUAUUGCAAGAGGCUUCAAUCAUUACCGGAGCUUCCAUCACGUAUAGAAGAAAUAGAUGCCCAUGAUUGCAUAGUUAUGGAAAACAUUUUGUGUCGAUCGAGUGUCUAUACAGAUCCAAGGAAUGUGGGGGCAUCCGAUUCACAUUUUCUAAUUGCUUCAGACUGUCUGAGAAUGAAAGCAGCAACUUUGUGGCAGCUACAUUAA